AUUGCAAACCGGAUUUGUUGGUACAAUGAAGAAUGUGGAUAACAACAGACAAGCCAGGAAAGCCAACUUCCUCGCCACAUAUCUUGAUGACCCGAAGAGACCACGACAGGCUGCUUCCGAUAACUCUGUCGUGUCUCCGAGCAGCCGCGUGCGCAGCCAUAGUGCCCUUGCGCAGACGGGGGCAGUCUGGCCGAAACCAAGCCGUGUACAUUAUCGACCGAUUAUAAUGGGGACUCGGUGUUGGGCGAUCAGUUCACUGCAAGGUUAUGGAUGGUGAUGAGUUAGUUGACAGUUCACAGCUGGGCUUAGACGCUCCUCACCGGUUGGCAAGUAAAGCUAGCACUUGUUCUAACCGGCACUAUACGGUAUGCAUGGAUGAAAGGCCACGGACCAAGCAAGCUGGGUUUUUUUUUACACCGUUGAUGCGUGGGGUGUUUUGUGAGCAAGAGGCAACUGUCGAUUGCCAUUGUUGCAACCAAACAAGAGACUCUAUUGGGGUGCGGUAACUGCUUGGAAAGCACAGUCUCUGCGUGAACUUCCAGGGACAGGGGUGUCGAGAAGGGCCAAGGUGUUGUCGCUCGGACCAUGACAGCAGCGUGUGCUGCCCCGGCACACUGAGUGGAAAGCCGACGGCCUUCUGGCGAUGAGGUAUGUUUACUAAAAUCCGUGGCAAAGAUGUCAUAUCUCUGCACGAAGUCGCUCCAGUCACACGGCAAGGCAACGGCUACGGAGAUGGUGCUGACUGCCUCGGUACCAGGGUUUGGCAGUGGCCCCACGUUACGUUCAGUCACGAUCAUGCUGCCCUUUCUGUUGCUUUGCAUAUGCAGUUUGCCUCCUGCUACAUCAAUGUCUAUACUUCACACGGAACCAGACCAUUUACUGAACGAAACCGACCAGUCUGUGCCAACCAGCGCUUAUUUUGAAAGUCCCCAUGACGCAGACAACACGCAAAGUCCAAAUCAACUCAAGGAAUCGACGAAUUCUGCCGAGGAAAAUUUAAUGGACGGUGAGGCUCUAUACGAAACACAGGAGUUUCAGCUGGUCGAGUCGUAUCGAAAGCUGUCCCGUGCCGAAGCUAAGGCCGGAUGCUCCAAUAUGUCCAGCGCCAACGUCCUUAAGGGCCAGGUGGACAAACUCCGUAGCACGGCCAACGGGCAGGUGGAUCUGGUCUUUCUCGUGGACAGUUCGGCCAGCGUCGGGAACACCAAUUUCUUCAACGAGCUCAAGUUCGUCAAGAAGCUCUUGGCCAGCUUCGAGGUGGCGGAGUGGGCCACGCGAGUGUCGGUCAUCACCUUCGCUUCCCGCCACCGCGUGGUGGCCAACAUUGACCAUCUAGGGGACCCCAGUCCCACCAAGCAUAAAUGCUCUCUGCUCAACUCGGAGCUGCCGGGGAUAACCUACGUCGGCGGUGGGACCUACACAAGAGGAGCAUUUCUGUUGGCGCAGAAAGCGUUAUCGUCGCCUUUCACUCGCCCCAACGCCACCAAAGCCGUGUUCCUUAUUACAGACGGCUAUUCCAACGGCGGCGACCCUCGUCCGAUCGCGCAGGACCUUGCCCGCAACAACGUGGAGAUUUUCACUUUCGGGAUUAAAAAUGGGAACGUGAAAGAGCUGUACACGAUGGCGACAGCGCCCAAACGAGAGCACUGCUACAUACUGGAUACUUUCCAUGAGUUCGAAGCUCUGGCGAGGAGGGCGCUUCAUGAAGAUCUUCAUCUGGGAGAGUUCAUACUGGAGAAUGCUGGACUGUGCUCAUCGCUCUGCCCCGUGGGAGGGCAUUGCUGUCAUCCCUUGGCGACGUGUCGAUGUGGCACCACCAACGGCCAGUACGAAUGUGUUUGCCCGCCGGGCUACCACGGGAGUGGGUUUGUGAACGGUUGCCACGCCUGCCCUGCAGGCACUUACAAGCCUCAAGCCAUUCCAGGGGGCAUCAGCACCUGUAGGGCAUGCCCAGACCCCAACCACACCAGCGGGCCCGGCAGCAUCAGUGUGACAGACUGCACGUGCCGGAGUGGUUACCAGGCAGUGGACGGGGAAUCAGCCUGUCGGAUGAUCACGUGUCCGGCCCUCUCUCCGCCCACCAAUGGGUUCUUUGUCACGGGGCAGUGCAGUAACACCAUCCACAGUGCCUGCGCGCUGCGCUGCUCCCCUGGGCAUGAGCUGAUCGGUCGCUCCAUCUUGGUGUGUUCAGCGGACGGCUCUUGGAGCAAUGAGCCAGCAACUUGCAAAGUGAAGAAGUGCCAUCCCCUCCAGGAGAUCCUGGGUGGAACGGUCCACUGCACCAGCGAGGACUUUGCAUUUGACACGGAGUGUACCACCGUCUGCGACAGGGGCCACAUCCUGGUGGGCUCCAAGGUCCGGAGGUGCCUGCCCAUUGCCCGAUGGGAUGGACUGCCCUCUGCCUGCCGAGCUGUGACCUGUCCCCCCUUGGAGCCUGUCUCCCACACCUCACUGCAACCGGCAUCUUGCAGUUCAAACAGGCAGACCUACGGAACCAAGUGCGUCACAGUCUGUGAUCCAGGCUAUCAGCUCCAAGACGAGAGCCAGAGUGCACAGCGGUGCUUGGAAUCUGGCUUGUGGAGUUCAAAACCCAACCCGUCCAACAUCUGCCUCGAUGUGACAACUCCUGACAUCCUGUGUCCGGAUGAUAUCACCGUCAACGCCAGCCCCGGCGACAGUGUUGGGAACGUGUCUUGGGCGGAACCGCUGAGCGUUGAUAACUCGGGGGACGUUCCCACAGUGACCGUCACGCCAGUGGUCCGCUCUCCCUGGUUGUUCCCCAUCGGAGACACAUUCAUCACGUACUUUGCAACGGACAAGGCAGGGAACAUGGGCAGUUGCAGCUUUGUCGUCACAGUCAUUGACAGCCAGCCCCCAGUCAUUGAGCAGUGUCGGUCUCCGAAUACCAUCCUCACCACUGAUGAUCACAGCGCCCAGGUCGCAUGGGAGGAGCCGCGAUUCUCCGACAACUCGGGCGGGCCAGUCACCGUGACGCGGUCUCACACCCCGGGCCUGUCCCUGUCCUUCGGCACGACGAACGUGGAGUACAUCGCACGAGACGAGACGGGGAACACCAAAAGUUGUCACAUCACAGUCAAUGUUCAGCCAAGUGCCUGUAUCGUACCAGAGGACCCACAGCACGGCCGGGCUGAUUGCAACCCGGCAAGUGGCAGUCUGGAGUGUACCCUGAGAUGCGACGAGGGAUACUCUUUCCCCAUUGAGCCGGAACCGGUCUAUCGAUGCUCAGAGGAUGGCCGAUGGAGUCCGUUUCACGCCAUGCCGUGGGGGGACUGUUCUAGAAGAGAGAAUCCAGCAAACGCAACACUACCUGUGAAAUUCACCUUUCCCGUUGACUUCUGCAAUCAGAACCUGGCAAAUGAAAUGGCUGAAAACAUUCGGAGAAAUCACGAAAAUGAGAUGGGCAAGAUUUGCAGCGGGCCAGUCGACUGUAGCUUUGCCGGAAUCAAGGUGAAUUGCCUGCCAAAAGGAGGCACUGGGAGUUUAUCGGCAACUGUUGUCGAUCUCACCCCAUCAUUCGGUCGGCGGCAACAACUGAGAGGAGACAUCAAUUUUGAUCGGGAACAGUUGGAGAAACUACAGAAGUUUCCAGGAGUCUUUGUGGACAUGAACAUCACAGGUAAACUCAAUCUGCCAGAGGAGGUAACCUCAGUUGAUGAGGAUGCCUAUCAGGAGCUGCGCUCUUCCCUUUCCAGGGCAUCCAAUUCCCUAGUGCAGUCGGUGAUCGAGGACGGCAACGUCCCCCAAGGCAUGGGGGAACAGGUGGAUGCUAACUCAGUGGUCGUGCUGCCGAGUGAAGCCCUACCCGUGUGUCCACCAGGAAAUGUUGCCGGGCACAAUUGGUGCUUACAAUGCGCCGUGGGUACAUUCUUCGAUGGGCAGACCGGCGAUUGUGAACGCUGCCCUCAAGGGUCCUAUCAAAACCAGCCUGGCCAGAUGCAGUGUAUCGAUUGCCCCCCUGGCACGUCGACAGCCAAAACCGGAGCUCAGUCAGGAGAGGAAUGUAAAGAUAUAUGCAGUCCAGGCAGCUACUCCGACACAGGCUUGGAGCAGUGUGAGGCGUGCCCCAAGGGCUCCUACCAGCCACACUCCGGUAGCACAGACUGCACGCCGUGCCCCUCUGGUACCUCCACUGUUAAAAUGGGUGCUACCAUGGCCACAGAAUGUGCAGAACCAUGCAAGCCUGGGUACGUGUCAAGAAGUGGUGUAGUCCCCUGCCUCCCGUGCCCCGAUGGCUACUACCAGCCCGGCAUCAGCAAGACCUCCUGCUUCAAAUGCCCCCAGACUACCCUUACCAAUGAUGCAGUGACAACUUGGGAAGACUGCAUAGGCCCUGAUAUCGAGGGGUUUAACAUUAGCGCCCUGGAGGUUUUACCCUACAACGAUUGCUUUUCUUCACCGUGUGCCAAUGGGGCAACUUGCCAACGAGUAUCUACCGGCUAUGUGUGCAUCUGUAAGCCCGGAUACACAGGUAUAAUCUGUGACACUGAGAUCGACGACUGCGAGAGCGCCCCUUGUCAGAAUGGAGCCAGCUGUCGGGAUGGCCUCAACAAUUUCAGCUGUGUUUGCCCUGCAGGAUUCCAAGGCAAGACUUGCAGCGAUGACAUUGAUGAAUGCCAGUACAGUUCCUGUCAACAUAACGGCACCUGCUUAGAUGGCGUAGCCAGUUACCAGUGCGUCUGCCCAAGAGGGUAUGCAGGCGACCUCUGUGAGCAUGAGGUGAACGAGUGCCUGUCGGACCCUUGCUACCAUGGUGCCCGCUGCUUGGACGGCCUGGCUAGCUUCAGCUGCGACUGCCGGCCCGGCUACCAAGGGACGUUCUGCGAGAUGGAGCAGAACGAGUGUGAGAGCAGACCUUGCCUCAACGGCGCGACUUGUCAUGACCUUGUGGCAAAUUACAGAUGUGAUUGCGAGGAAGGCUUUACCGGUAUCCGCUGUGAGACAAAUGUUGAUGAGUGUCUCUCGUCCCCGUGCCAGUACGGCGGAACAUGUCAAGAUGAUGUCAAUGGCUACCGAUGCUUCUGCCAGCACGGCUACACCGGCGACUUGUGCGAAGUGGAAUUACCGUGGGAUUUCAACCUAUGGUUUGAACAUCUGAGCACUACGGACUACAUCAUGAUAGACGGUGCCCUGCCCGAGCUGACCGAGGUGACUGCUGCCUUCUGGAUGCGGUCUGUGGACACCAACUACGGCUCGCCUUUCUCCUAUGGAGCUGUGGCCGACCACAGCACCCAGCUGACCAAUGCAUUUACCUUCAUGGACUACAGUGGCUUUGUCCUGUACGUCAAUGACUCCAGUCGCGUCUCGGACGUAACGGCCAAUGACGGAGUGUGGCAUCACAUUGCGGUCACGUGGUCCAGCGCUGGCGGGGAAUGGGUCAUCUACAAAGACGGCGAGGUGGCUGAUUGGGGGGAGGGGCUAGCCGAGGGAGCAGUCAUCCCAGGCGGUGGGGUGUUUGUCGUGGGCCAGGAGCAGGAUUCUGUUGGCGGCGACUUUGCCAGCUCAGAGACCUUCGUCGGGGAGAUCACCCUCCUGCACAUCUGGGGUCACAUCCUGUCUGAGGAGGAUGUGCGAGGCCUGCUUCGAGACUGUCAGAAACCUGACCUGGAGGGUGUGGUCCUGGCCUGGCCCGAUGUCCUCCUGAACAUCUAUGGAGAGGUCCAGCAGCUGAAGAAUAACUUCUGCAGUGGAUGUGAUGCCCCAUUCAAUCCCAAGUACGGUUACUACACGGGAUACCAGAUGGACACCACACAUAACGUGGUGUACUACAGGUGCGAGUCUGGCUUUGAACUGGACGCCAACACGUACCAGCAGUCCACCUGUCAGAUCUCCGGUGACUGGAUGCCGUACGAACCCCCAGAGUGCCGACGCAUACUAUGCAGGUUUCCAGACACCAUCGACAAUGGUGAGAUUGUUGGUACAAAGUCCACUUACGAGUCUGAGUUAAACUACGUCUGCCACGAUGGAUACACGCUGAUCGGACCUGCCAUGAGAGAGUGUCUGGAGAACGGGGAGUGGAGCGGGUACCAACCAAGCUGUGAAGUUGUUUUGUGCGGCAGUGUCCCAGAAAUUCCAAACUCGGACUAUUAUAGCUACGAAAGAGGUACCCAGGUCUCUCCUCAGACAGUAACGUACAGGUGUGUGGAUGGUUACAAGCUGAAGGGUCAGGCUACCGUCACUUGCGGUCCGGAUGGAGAGUGGAGCCCGAUCCCCGAGUGCCUUGCCAUAGUUUGCAACCAACCAGAAAGGGGUCCGCACUCCUCCUUUACACUGUCCAGGGGCUACGUGCUCGGGGCCAGCAUUACGUAUAACUGCUAUGCAGGGUACCGGUUGCUUGGUAAUGCCACACGGACAUGUUUACCAGACAGCUCGUGGUCGGGUACCAGUCCGAGGUGCACCCCCAUACAGUGCGGCCCGCCACCGAAUAUAACAUCUGCGACGUACAGUGUGACUGGGCUGACGCUUGGAAGUGUUGCCCGGUACUCGUGUCUAGAGGGCUAUCAGAUGCACGGCACUGGUUCAUUGCAGUGCUUGGAAGAACUCAAGUGGAUUGGUGAAUAUUUUGAGUGUGCACCCUCUCCCUGUCCGGAUAUUCACCAUCCUCUUUAUGGUACUGUAAUCGGAGAAUUGUUUCAGUAUGGAGAAAGUGUGACCUUUGCCUGUGACGUAGGCUACAAGCUAGAGGGACCAACUGCAUUAGGGUGCCUUGCCAGUGGUGUGUGGAAUAACAGUUUACCAGUUUGUGAGCCUGUUUUAUGUGGACCCCCCGAUACUCUUGAAAAUGGUUUUUUUGAAGGAGGAAACUUCUCGUUUGGAGGAGUCAUUGACUACCACUGUCAUCUUGGCUUCAAUCUGAUUGGCCAGCCAGCCCGGUCAUGUGGUGCAGACGGCCAGUGGAAUGGGACUGUCCCACAUUGUGAGAGAGUCGCAUGUAAUACUCCCCCGACAAUUCUUCACGCAGGCUUGGCAUCAUCAUCAGAGCAGGACGCGUACCACUUCCCAGUCAAUGUCAUGUUCCAUUGUCAAGUCGGAUACAGACUUCUUAAAGGAAGGGGUACUUUAUUGUGUGGUGAGGGCGGCACUUGGGAAGGUGAACUGGAAAUGUGCCAAGUUGUGACCUGCGACCGCCUCGGUGGUCUCCUCAAUGGCAGGCUGAUCCGGACGGGGCACAACUUUGAGGACACAGCAACAUACUUAUGCCACGACGGUUUUUACCUCAUGGGGGCGUCAACCCGAGUCUGCCAGGCUGAUGGGCGGUGGUCAGGCGUGGCAUCGCGAUGCCUUCCCAUCUCCUGCCCUGGACUCCCCAAAGUAGCCAAUGCCAAAUUCACUGUCAAGACACGGAACGAGUCUCUGGAACUUAAUUAUUUCCCAUACAGAACUAAGAUCCGCUAUAGGUGCAAUCCUGGGUACCAACUAGACGGAGACCAGGAGCUCCGCUGCACUGUCUCCGGGGAGUGGUCCGCCCCUCCGCCGUCCUGCCAACCGAUCAGAUGCCACAACCUGCCCGUCCCCUCCCAUGGUGCAAUACACGGUGACGAUCGGACCCACAAUAAGUCGGUAACCUACACGUGCAAUACAGGAUACCGACUGCUUGGACCAUCAGUGCGGACCUGCACGGCUGAUCAUACGUGGACCGGGGAUUUCCCUAUCUGCGAGAUGGUCAUCUGCGGACAACCAGCCAGACCAGUGAACGGCAGAUUCACAGGGUACAACUUCUUGUAUAGGGGCAUUGCUUCUUACUCCUGCAACCAAGGAUACAUUCUUAAUGGGACAUCUGUCAUAACCUGCCUGGCGACUGGUCGGUGGAGCGGGACUCCUCCGCAGUGCCUGCCCGUGGACUGUGGACCGCCACCCGUCGUCAUCAACACGACACAGACCACAAACUCUACCCUGUUUGGUUCCCUGGCCCACUACACAUGUCAGGAGGGAUACAGACUGGAUGGGAACCCGACCGUACGGUGUCAGUGGGAUGGAACAUGGGUGAACUCAGACUCACUUCGAUGCUUGCCGAUGCUGUGCAGUGAUCCACCUCCAUUGGAGUUUGGAUUUUUAGAGGAAAUGGACUACUUUGUUGGUGACACAGCUGAGUAUGUGUGCAUCGAGGGCGCUGUCUUACAUGGCGACGGUCGUGUGAUAUGUUUGCCAGAUCGCACGUGGACUCAACUAGCUGCCCACUGCAGGGUCAUUGCAUGUCCCGAGCCAGUCGAUCCAAUUCAUGGCACGGUGUUCGCCCCACAGACCAGCAAUGGGAGUGUGGCAGUGUACACGUGUGACGACGGCUACUUCAUUUACGGCACAGCAAAUUUGACUUGCACAGAGAGCAGUGUCUGGAGUCACCAGCCACCGGAAUGUUUGCCAGUGCCGUGUCCAGUGCCGUCCAUUCAGAAUGGUACAGCUUCCUUCACUGGCCAUCAUUACUUGGACAGGGUGUCCUACAGGUGCCAUGUUGGAUACUAUCUCAGUGGUGAAGCUGAGCAACAGUGCCUGGCUAAUGCAAUAUGGAGUGGCGAGACACCGGUUUGUAGGUUGAUAUCUUGCAGCAUUCCAGCUGCGAUUGAGAACGGGUUAGUCACACAGAGGGAGGUGUUUUAUGCCGAAGAGGUCACGUAUACUUGUCUUGACGGGUACCAGUUACAGGGGACAGCUACACGUUCCUGUUUGAGCAGCGGGACGUUGAGUGCCGAGGAACCAGUGUGCAAGAUCAUAUCGUGCACUGUGCUUCCAAAGAUCAACAAUGCAGUGCCGUCUGUCACAAAUUCAACCUACGGAAGUCUCAUUCCUUAUCUCUGUCUAGAAGGAUUCUAUGCUGUGGACAACAUAACACUUGAAUGCCUCGCCAAUGGUUCGUGGAGCCAGACUGACUUAGAAUGCCUACCCGUGUCAUGUGGAAGUCCAGCAGAAAUUGAAAACGGGGGUGUAUCAAUGACAAGUGGAUCCACUUUUGGAAGUGUGGUUUUGUACAGCUGUCUGGAAGGUUAUGUGAUGCAAGGGAAUGCUUCUGUUGUUUGUCAAGCAGGUGGUCAGUGGGGAAAUGAAAAGCCUGUUUGCGAGCCUGUCAGAUGCGGACUUCCACCUGAAGUUGAAUAUGGGAAAGUGGCAUCGAUCGCACAGGUGUAUCUCUCAAAAGCUGUGUAUGUUUGUCAGAUUGGAUACGUAAUGGUUGGCCCUGACUCUGUAACUUGCUUGAGUAAUGGUUCAUGGAGCUACAGCGAGACAAGAUGCCAGCCGAUAACAUGCGACCAACCUGAAUCCAUUGUGAAUGGUCGCUGGGAUGUGAGUGGCUUUCUGCUGGGGGAGAGGUUGUCGUACGAGUGCAACUUGGGUUUUGACCUUUUAGGAAUGUCAGCUCGCAUUUGCCUGCCGACACGCCAGUGGAGCGGUGAUCCACCGAUCUGUCAGCCAGUCCAGUGCCCACCACCUGCAGAGGUGGCUAAUGGUGUGGUGCUCUCACAGGGGAGCUUGGACUAUCAGAGCGAGGUGCAGUAUAGGUGUGACACUGGUUAUGUGCCGUCCACCAGUGAGUUUUCUCGCACAUGCCAAGCUGAUGGUACGUGGACUGGGCGGGGCCUAGAUUGUUUGCCUGUGUCAUGUGGUCCACCCCCUCCAAUCGACAACACGUACAUCCCACUGUCGCCCAGUCGUACGUUCAAUACUUCUGUCAUUUACCACUGUCAUAGUGGGUACCAGCGUCAUGGAUUGCCAAUUUUGACAUGCCUCGCCAAUGGAUCCUGGAGCACCCCACAGUUCCAGUGUAAACCCAUCAGUUGUGGACACCCCAGGAGCAUCCAGAAUGGCAGAGUCCAAGCAGCGACAACAACCUUCAACUCACUCGCCGAGUACAGGUGCAAUGAAGGUUACGUACUCCAUGGGAGUGGCAUCCGCCGGUGCCUUGCUUGGCGAUCAUGGAGUGCCAUGGCACCGACCUGCAAACCGGUGGCAUGUGGUAUGCCGCCAAGCGUCGGCAAUGCCGUUCAUAUCACUGAUGACGUCUCACUCACUGCAGAGGAUUAUGUCUUUGGCACAGUUGCCCGAUAUGCCUGCACUGAAGGCUACAGGAUGGCAUCCAGUGAUAGGCUCGUCUGUCACUCCAGCGGGACUUGGAACACUACAAACUUGUCCUGCCAGAUCAAGCACUGUCCCCCACCCCCGGCAAUCCACAACGGGCAUGCCAUUGGAGGCUCUCACGCGUACCAUUCCACCGUCCACUACAUCUGCAACCCCGGCUAUGACGUCGUCGGCGUUGCAAAUCUCACUUGCCUUGCCGACGAAAUGUGGCAUCCGUCUCCUCCAAACUGUACUCGCAUCUCCUGCCCCAAGAUCGUCGCCCCUCCAGAUGCUACCAUCUCGGGGAACGAGCACAGCUACCAAGACGUUCUCACCUUCCACUGCAAAAACAACUUACAGCUGCAUGGUGCGAGGCAGCUCAGGUGCACGGCAGAGGGUACUUGGGACCAGCCCCUGCCCACCUGUGGGCCCAGGUCCUGUGGCAGGCCACCACAACCGGACAAUGGGAUAAUCUUUGGCCAUCGCUACCAGCCAGGAGACACAAUCAGCUAUCGCUGCCUGAGUGGGUACCUCCUAGAUGGGCACAGCAGUAGAAAGUGCCUACCCGACUAUAGAUGGAGCGGUCAAGAACCCAAAUGUGUCAGACUCAACUUGUCAUCAGCCUUGAAUCAUUCUCCUGUCUGCAUCUUUCCUUGCCUACAUGGAGGGACCUGCGUUGCUCCUUAUCAAUGCAACUGUCCCUAUGGUUUUGCUGGCUCCAGAUGCGAAAUAGAACUAUGUACAAGCCGAUGCAUUGGAAACGCAAGGUGUGCAGACAGGCAUCCCAGCUGCAAGUAACCACACACUGGAGUACAGAAGUUGAUGUAAAAUGUCGGAUGAAUGUUCCUACACAGGCCUAACUUAAGACAGAUGGCAGUUUUUAUUUAUGCAUUAGAAUGGAUUAUUUGUGCUUAUUGUCACUUUAACCGGGGGGGGGGCAUUAUUCCAAGGCAAGGGCACUACUGUGGCAAAAUGUUUGAAAUCUAUGUUGUUUCUGUGUAGAUAUGCCCCCUGCUUCACACAAAACUGUAGUUUUCCUUUGAGGAAGUCUCAAAAACAGGUUUUUUAUGACAACGGCUGUUAAUGUUUAUUAUUAAAUACUUAUAUUGGUGCUAAACAAAUUUCAGUCAUUCUUGAGUCCAGUGUAAGAUUCCAUCUUUCCCUUUAUCCAGAUAUGAACAAAAAACUGUACAGUACACUCAGUGGUGUCUUUAUUUUAAUUGUGUAUACUUUUCUAAAAAAAAAUAUCUUAAAUAUUUUGAAACAGUUCAAUCAAAUGGAGUUUACAGCAGACUGGCCAAGUUUUGUGGAGUGAUUGUCAAAACUUGCAGGCCCCUGCAUAGCACGACUGGUGGUUUUUAUUUCGUACCUUUUCAAAGACUUGUAAAUAAAAUGACUAGAUGCACCAGUUCAUUAAAUGACAGCUGGAAAAUUUAUCAUGCUAACAAAAUGAAACGUUGCCCUAGUUGAUGUAACGGAGCAUGUUUGAUUCUUUUGUAACUCCUGAGGUCUGGUCCAGUACUUGCGCCAUUACUACCCAAGUGUUUUUGGUUGUUACUCUGUCUCAACUUGAAAUGGUCAAGGAAAGAUAGACGUGCUUGUUACAGAGCAUGAAUUUGACUUUCUGCCUGGCUACAACUUCCAUUCACCAAUGACACGGCACAGAGUGCAGCCUUUAGUAGCCAUCAGUGUUGUCUUCGAGUCCAUGACAAGUCCCAGUAUAAAGUCCAUCACAAGUCAUUCAGUCUUUGCCAAUUCACAAGCUGUUCCAUCCUGUUACUUAUGACUGGACUUGUGAUGGACUCUACUCCAACAUUGUUGGCCGUAGCCAGUAUAGUGCCCGUUUUGGACGUAGCCUAGGAAGCAGACAAGGUUCUUGGAAAUAUUACUAGGGUAGUAGUUUCUGAAAUAACCCUGUACCAUACUACAUUAAUAACAAAAUGUUUAUGAACAAGCAUGCAUUGCUACAAUACGAUACGAAAAUUCAAGAUGGUACAACACACUUGUGUAAUAUAAAAGAUGUACAUCACCCUGAA